UCUGCAUUUAAUUGAGUUGUCCUUUGUUGUCAAUUAAAUUUUUGGAUGAGAAAAAUGAAACGCGAGAUAAAUGUUUCGGGAAUUGGAGCUAACUUCACGGAACGUCUCAUCAUCACUACGCGAGUCCAUUACUGUGUCAGCUGAUCGCCAUUCGAACAGAUUGAAGAAACCGGAUCGGUUUUGCGACUGAAAGAAUUAGGCAGAAAAUACAGAGUAAAGAGUGCAAGAUUCGAAGCGGCCGCCGGCGCUUUUAACAUGGCUUUCAAACAUCGCCGUUGGAUUGUGCUGGGUCUUGAAUAUCUUGGCAAAUUCCCCUCUAGUAUGCGGUAGCAUCUGCCGAUUAUUUGCUGUUGACAGCUCGAAUUAAUUCGGUAUGCGAGGAAAGCUGUUUCUUUAAAGUUAUUUCUUGGACUCGCUCUAUCGUUCAAGUCGAUUCAUCGAAACUUGUUCACUGAUAUCGUCACCGAUGACACGUCCACACGUGUACACAACAUGUCUGCACGAUGCGAUUAGCGUUGGUUCCCCUCACUCUCUCGGAGGACUUAGAUGAUCGCUGUAUCUUGACCCUUCUUGUGAGAAUAUAGAAAUAUUUUGGAAUUAUUCAAUCAGAAAGAAAUUUGACUUAUGCAAUCAUGUUGAAGGCUGUUAUUUUAAUCGGAGGACCUUUAAAGGGAACUAGAUUUAGACCUCUAUCCUUGGACAUCCCAAAACCAUUGUUUCCAGUGGCUGGAUUACCUAUGAUACAACAUCACAUUGAAGCUUGUACCAAAGUGCCCGGUCUCAAUGAAGUGCUAAUAAUCGGGGCGUAUUCUAAGAACGAUCUAGCUCAGUUUGUACAGGAGAUGUCGAGUACUUAUGGCAUAGUUAUUCGGUAUUUACAGGAAUUCACACCUCUUGGAACAGCAGGUGGCAUGUAUCAUUUUCGCGAUCAGAUUCGUUCAGGCAGCCCCACAUACUUUUUUGUUAUGAAUGGCGACGUCUGUGCCGACUUCCCUCUGCAAGAGAUGGUGGAGUUCCACAACAGUAAACAGGCACUGCUUACAAUCAUGGCAACUGAGGCAACUCGGCAGCAAUCAUUAAACUAUGGAUGCAUGGUUUUGGGAAAGGAGGGAGAGGUAGCACAUUAUGUAGAGAAACCUUCGACAUUUGUAUCGACUCUUAUCAAUUGCGGAAUAUAUCUUGCAUCUCCAGAAAUUUUUCAAACGAUGGCGGAUGUCUUUCAUGCUAAUCAACAACAAGAUCAUUUAAUGCAGUUAUGCUGCAAUGGUAGAGAUCCAGCGCAUAUUGCAUUUGAGCAAGACAUACUGACGCGUUUAGCGGGAUCUGACCGGUUGUUCGCUCUGCCUGUGUUCAGAUGGUGGUCGCAAGUGAAAACUGCGGGUUCUGCAAUAUACGCCAAUCGACAUUACUUGGCCCUCUACAAGCAGAAGCAGUCAGAUCGCCUUGCUUCUACGAAUAAGAAUUAUUGUCAUAUUAUAGGAGAUGUGUACAUUCAUCCAUCGGCUUCUGUACAUCCGACUUCUGUGCUAGGUCCAAAUGUAAGUAUAGGACCAAGUACGAUGAUAGAGCCUGGCGUGAGAAUUAGAGAGGCAAUCGUAUUGGGGAAGGCACACAUUCAAGCCCAUUCCCUUAUUCUACACAGCAUCAUAGGGACAGGCACCAGCGUAGGCGAAUGGUCACGUGUUGAGGGGACUCCGUGCGAUCCCAAUCCUAAUAAGCCAUUUGCAAAAAUGGAGAAUUUACCGCUGUUUAACAUUAAUGGCAAACUGAAUCCUUCCAUCACGAUUCUCGGUACCAGGGUGAGCUUGGCUGCAGAAAAAAUUCUACUGAACUCGAUCGUCCUACCGCAUAAAGAACUUACAAGAAACUACAAGAACGAAAUUAUUCUUUAAUUAUUUAACGCUGCCGUUACGGAAUUAAAACACCGUUGAUGAUUUAUAUUUUAAUGAAAGAGUCGCACAAAUAUGAAUAACGUUAAGUAUAUUUAUAUAUACUUUUCAGAAACUUUCUGUCGAAUUGUGAUUAAAAAUCUUUAAUAAUUUUGUAAUAUAAGAUUAAUACAAGAUUUUUAUAUACAUUGUAUACAAGUAUCAUGUGGCAACUAUAAGCUAUGUACAUAGGGCCAGUGGCAACGCACAAAAAUUUUUACAAUAUAUAUAGGCUUGUAUAUUUCGUCUACACAUUAAAAAUUAUUACCGUAUUUUCG